AUGGCUUUUGAUACUAACGAUAAAUGUGGCGAGCACAGUUGUGGCACUGCAGUCACGGAAGGCAUACAGUGUGACCGAUGUUUAUUAUGGUAUCAUAGCACCUGCUCUAGGUUAGACCGUUCGUCCAUUGAUCUGUACACCCAGCAUCCCCAACUGAAGUGGAUCUGUUUUCACUGUGUGUGCCUAGCUGAUACUUGUGCUCGCUUAUUACGCGAGCGGCUUGAUGCUCCUCCACAGUUGCCUGAUGUUCAGAGGGUAGCUGACGCGAAGUAUCUGCAGCGGCUCUCCACCGCAGAAAAAGUGAUCAGCGACCAGGCUUUGCUCAUAGAUGCACUGCGAGUGAAGAUUGACGAGUUGCGCGAUUCUUUAAAUAGCUACGCUCAGAGUGCGGAGAUUGCCAUGGGCAGGCAAAGAAAUGUUCUUAUCUACAAUCGGGAGGAGCCGGUGAUACACGAGGCAAAGGCUCGACGAGACCUGGACAGGAGACGAAUACACGACAUCCUCCGCAUAGCCGGGAUACCUUUAAACGUCGGUAUCAAAAGGGUGCAUCGUGUAGGUAGCUGGAGAGAGACUGGUCCACUGCGUCAGCAAGGAUUUGCUAGGCCGAUUCUGGUUGAAUUUAGGAACCCUGCUUAUCGUCACCAACUGCUAAACCGUGCCGGCUUAAUCGAGAGUCAGUAUAAUGGCCGGUAUCAGGUGGCCCCGAACACACUUAGCUCACAAACCAAGGUCCCGCGGGUAUGUCAGUCGGAAGAUACUAAUAACCGGUUGGCUGGCGUGUCUGCGAACUUGGUAAAGGGUGCUCCUUUACGUGAUCCACGCAUUGCAUCAGUGCCUACCAGAGAUCAAUGUCCCACUGCAGCGGAGGUCGUUCCUUCGAACUACCACACCACAAAUUCAGUAUCAGAAGCAUGUACCGCGAAAGGUGCUUCCUCACAAGUUAGUUCACCCGGAGGUACUUGCAGCCGAUUGAUUGUAUACCCUGCAUCUCCGGCCGCUGGGGUCAGAGUCAGUCAGCAACAUGCCACGAUUACACCAAAAGGAACUGUGUGGGGACUGCACUCCUACCACAGCGGCAGUUGA